GAUUGUGCUCCCAUUCUGCGAAGCCACUCCUGCCCAGGCCGGGGAGCUCUGCCGCGCCGCGCAGGGCAACGAUGCCAGCCGCGUAGAGCUUCUCUUAGACCGGGCACAGGAUCCUGAUCGGCCUGAUGGCUAUGACAGGACUCCCUUGCAAGUUGCGGCCAUGUCUGGUCACCUGGAGGUUGCCCGGCUGCUACUCGAGGCAAAGGCGUCUGCCAAUCAGGAGCGUGCUGGGGAUGGGGCUACUCCUUUGUGCUUGGCUGCAGCACACGGACAUGUGGAGGUAGCAUGCCUGCUGCUCCGGGUAGGAGCCGAGCUGGAGAAGAGGAUCGGAGCCUCGGGUGCUACGCCUUUGCUCUUGGGCAGUCAGGUUGGCAGCAUCGAGAUUGUCCAGCUGCUACUGGAUGCUCGCGCGGACCAUGACAAGGGCUACAACAGUGACGGCCGCACGCCACUCCUGGUCGCAGCAAGCCUCGGCCACAGGGGCGUCGUGCAGCUGCUGCUGCUCGCUGGUGCAGAGAAGGAUCGGUGCACAAACACGGGCGCGACCGCUCUGCUGCUUGCAUGCCAGGCAGGACAAGUGGAGGUGGUCCAGCUGCUACUGGAAGCGGGCGCGGACAGGAACAAAGCUACAGACCAUGGUAUCACCCCAUUCCUUGCUGCGUGUCGGAGUACUCACUUGGAAGUGGCACGCCUUUUGGGCCCGAUGCACGGCGACAACGACGUGGUGACAGAAGAAGGUGUGGGUUGA